CUGCUUCGAGAUUUUCCACAGACAGGUUCUCCAGCCAAGUGGAACCCUUAUAAAACUACGGGAGCAGCGCUCUCGGAGAACUCACUAUUUAGGAGGCCCUCGACUGUGUCAGAGUGCCUUUUUUUCAUCCCUUGCAUCCUUCCACUCCAACAGAUGAAUAUGAAUUUCUUCUUGAUCCCUGCAAUACUUUUUGCCUUCUUUCACCUCAGUCAAGCAGGUCCUUUGCGAAUUCAAAAAAGAGCAGCUUUUUACAUAGCAAAUGAAACAGCAUGUGUGGUAGAUAACACUGUGUACAAUAGCGGAGACCCCAUCCCAACGGAUGACCCUUGCGAAGCAUGCAGAUGCCGACCCCCAGGAUUUGCCUGCGUUCUGAAGGAAUGUGAAUCCAAACCAGGAUGUCGAGCCGUUAGAAGAGCAGGACAAUGCUGCCCAGAGUUCAUUUGUGGGUGCGAACACAACGGACGGAUGUACCGCGAUGGAGACGAGAUUCGGGAUUCGCAGAACCCAUGCUACACAUGCCACUGCCAGGGCAGUUCCAUAGCUUGCGCCUUUGUUGAUUGUUUUUUUCGGGUCGAUUGCGCCCCUGAAUAUGUUCCCGGAGAAUGUUGCCCUCAUUACAAUCACUGCGCCUCUAUAGAUUCAGAUAAUUCAACCAACGUAGACUUUGCACUCCCUACAGAGAAACCAGAAACUAAUGAAGAAACCACAGUAAGUUCAAAAACUUCUGAAUCACCUCUAUCUUCAGAAAUACCAGAAAACAUCGCAGAUACACAAGUAACGAAGAAGGAAAAUGAUAAGGAUUCCUCUGAAGUAUUGCCGCCAGAAAGCUUAGAUUCAUCGCUUUUAUUUUCUGCAAAUGAAGAGGAAGAGAGUAACAAAGACACUCAAACCACCAAAAAAGAUGCUUCCUCUGAAUCAGUUUCAGAUGAAAAUUCAGAAGAAAUGCUCUUAGAUGCAGCAGAAUCCAGUGAAGAAAGCAGUUCAGAAAAGAAAAUAGAAAAUGUAACAGAAAUACUGAAUGCCGACUUUGAGAUUAUAAAGGAUGAGGAAAAACCCACAGAAUCUGAAAUUAGCCCAGAACAGGGUCCUUCAGAGGUAAGUGCUAUUCCAGAAACUUCUGCUGUGACAGAUAAGAACGUCGAAAUUUUUCCAGCUGAGGAAUCGACAACUGCAGAAGUAAAAUUCAAAACAGCCCCACCAGCUGAAGUAACUGGCGAAACAACUGUCUCUAGCACUUCAAUAGUUCCAGAAUCUUUUGAAGAUCCCGAUGAUAAAGAUAAUGAGCUCAGCAAAAGGCUCCGAUCACUUAAAAAUUUAACUUCAGACGAUGCAACUGAAUCUCCAAAAGAAAAUGCCGAGGUGAAAAAUGAGGAAUCUAAGGAUGACAGUACGAAAGAAGCAACAGAAAAAGUGGUCACAUCCCCAGUUACUGAAAAGCCCACAUUAGUAAAAUUGGAAAAAGAAAUUGAAGUAAAAGACGUUAAAUCAAGCGAUGCAACAACUGUAGAAGUCCCGAAAACUGAAACCCUUAAUUACAAUUCAGAUGCUAAAGUAGCACCAGAAACUGUUGAAACUGUUACUACUGUCGUUGAAGUAAAAGAACAAACAAGCUCUGAAAAAGUAGAUGUUGAAACUUCUUCAAGUCCUGCUGUUUCAAAUGAACCUGAACAGGUACUUUUUAAAGCUUUAAGUGGCGUGGCAGAAGAAAAUAAUAAACAAGAAACUACAGUAAAAUCAAAUGAAGUAACGACCAGUCAAACGACUGUUGAAGUUUCAGAUUCAGCAACCUCAAAGGUAGCAGAUAUCUCAACACCUUCAAGUCUUCCACCUGCAACUGAUAAAUCAGAAGAGAAAGUGCCUUUAUAUGCAGAUGAGAGCAAAACCGUACCUUCGACUGAGGCUCCCAAAGUAUCAGAAGGCGAAACUAGUACCACAGUAGUUGCUGAAGUAAGUUCUGAAAAAGUAGAACCAUCUAAAGAUUAGGAAAUUAGAUUAGAUCUCAUGCCAGCAGAAUUUAGAACAAAAAAAAGCUUGGAAAAAGACUUAUCUUAUGAUAGAAAAAAAGAAAAAAGAAUGGAGAGUCUUACUUUUGAACAAAUGGAUUUAUCUGAACUGGUUGAAGAGGCAGGAUAAAAAAAAGAAAUAGGGGUUGGGAAAAUUCCAAAAUUGUAUUAUCAGGAAGCAGGUUUGGAAGGGGUAUACAAUUUUACUUGGAUUUGCAUCAUAGAUAAAGGUAAUAAAAAAUGCCUAAUUUAUUUGCUGGUAAUGGGAUAAAAGAAGCAAUGUAUUUCACUUAAUUCUUGAAAUGAAAUUGACUGGAUGACAUUUUUAUAUUUUUGUAAUUUAUUUGUUUUAUAUAUACCUGAAAAGUAUAAGUCUUAAUGUUUAUAACCAGAAAAAAAAUAUGUAAACUUGAGUAGAUCUCAUAUAGUAUAUCCAAAAUAAAUAUAAGAAAAUUUGUGUAUUGAGCAAUCAAGAAAAAGGAAUAUUAAUCAUUUUAAACAA